GUGAUCAUAAGCGUCCUGUUCCUUCAGGUUGUCCCUAUUUUGAUGACCAUAUCCAAGUCACUCAAGGGGCUGUGCUACUUAUGGCGUUUUAUUAGCAAGCUCCAGCCUGGCUAUUCCACCUCACCACUGGCUGGCACCACCAACCCUACCGACACCGGCCAAACUGGUGAUGCUGCAUCUGCCAAUUGUGGUAGCAAGUGUUUUGGUCCCAAUCUACCUUGGGUUGGCCGGCGGCUGUAUCUUUGCUUCUGCUGGCUAUCACUAUUUGUGGACACCCUUCAGCCUUUAGCCUUUGCUGGUACAUCAAUCUACGUUGCCCUCUACCGGUCCAACGACGACGACACAAACGGCGGCAAGAAACCCAACUUGCUGACUGCAAUUCUUAAUGUUAUGGUCCUGACGUUUCUCGCUACCCUCGACACUUACGUGCUAAAGACCUUCUUGGAGCUUUGGUAUGGCAGCAGCAACCGCGUCUGCAUUGCAAUGAACAUCACGUAUAGGGCUUGCGAUGAGGAUUUAACAUCCACAAGUGAGGACGAUGAGUCAAACGAGGACCAUUACUGGCGCACACGGGCGAGGACGACGAAAAGGGAUGUACUGUACCGGCUGCGUACAGAGGAGAUCGGCAUGGACAAGAAAUGGGAAGCACUGUUCAGCGCCAGUGCUGGGCUGGGCAUUCUUGGCGACUGGAGUCCUAAAAAGAAAUCCUUUUCCAAACCCAACCCCAUAGUCGAUUCUGUGACUCAACACGUGGUAAUCUUCUCGUGGAAGCAUGUGUGCGCUGCUUUGGGCACCUCCCAUGGUGCAGAACAAAGACUGCUCCGCUGGCCUGCUGCUCCCCAAUCUCCAAUUGCUGCUUUCAUCGCUGCUGCAUCUGAUGACCAGUGGGCUUACGAAGUAGACCAGGAGGCGAUCAAGCAGUUGCUGAAGUACUAUCCUGAACAUACGGCGCGUUUCUCCCUGAAGGGCAGCAAUGUCAAUUUGCCGAACUUGGGACUUGGAGAUCGACACAUGGAAUCUCUAAGCAAGAUGCUUCAAAUCAGU